UAUUUAGCAACUUUUUGAAAUAUGAUUCGUCUUUUAUGUUCCCUCGAUGAUUUACUAACAGCGUACAACUCACAGACUUGGUUGGGCUGCCUACGAGGCGUAUACCUAGCUCGAACAUAUGACACACAUGGGUCAGGUAAAGAAGACGGAAGGAAAAAAAGAAGAAAACAAGCCACGAACCGAAGAAAUGCCAAGAAAUCCACUCAGUAGAAGAGGACGACAAUAGAGGCAUCAACCUAGUAGGGAUGAAAAAAAUGAACUGAGCUCAGCCCGAUUAACGGACAACCUCUCGAUCUGGA